GGUGAAGCUCCGGCGGAUCGCUGCUCACUCUCACCUCCUCACUUGGACAUGGAAUCACAAUCUAACGCGUUACUCUGAUCAGCGGGGGGUGCUGUUUUUGUAAAGAUCUGGCGGUAAAGGUAUGAUGACAGACAGACACACUCUGAUCAGAAAGCAUGGGGCUCAGUGGAAAGGGACAGCAGAGCCACAGGAUGGUGAUCUUUGUUGCCAUCUUCGUCCUGAUGACAAUUCUCUUCCUGUACGGCUCCAACACUGGUAGCACUGACGUCUUUACCCCCAUGCACGUGGCCGUUAAUAACCUCCUCAAGACAUCAGACCUGAAGAAGUGGGCUGGGAAAGAAGGCUAUGUGCCAUUUCAUGGGAACAAGAAUAUGAACCUGCACUGUAAUACCUGCGCGCUGGUGACAAGUUCCAGCCAUGUCUUGGGGAGUCAAGCGGGAGAAGAGAUCGACCGUGCGGAGUGUGUGAUUCGUAUGAACGACGCUCCUACGCUGGGGUUUGAAGCCGAUGUGGGCAGUCGGACUUCUCUGAGGGUCGUGGCCCAUUCCAGCGUGUUCAGGGUGGUCCGGAGGCCCAAUGAGUUCUUGCAUCGCAUGGACAACAACCCUGUGGUCAUAUUCUGGGGACCCCCGAACAAGAUUGGGAAGGAGGGCAAAGGGACUUUGUACAGACUGAUCCAGAGAGUCAGCAUGACCUACAGUAACGUGUCGUGUUUCAGUAUCAUACCAAGCAAGAUGCGCAGAUUCGACACUCUCUUUCAUAAGGAGACAGGACGAGACAGACAAAAAUCUCACUCGUGGUUGAGCACAGGCUGGUUCACAAUGGUCAUCGCCAUUGAGAUAUGUGAUAACCUCACAGUAUAUGGGAUGGUUCCACCCAAUCACUGUGGAAAAAAACCUGGAUCAAAGAAGAUUCCCUAUCACUACUACAAACCCAGGGGGCCUGAUGAAUGUGUCACUUACAUACAGAGCGAGAGCGGCAAGAGAGGAAACCACCACCGCUUCAUUACAGAGAAACACGUGUUUGCACGCUGGGCAAAGCAGUACAACAUCUCCUUCACUCACCCUGACUGGUGAACACAUAGAAAACCCUUCAGAGGUCUCUCUGCACUCACAGAGAAUUGAAUGAGUACAGACGGGAGGAUGAUGUUUGUUAAGUUCCCCGAUUGGGCCUUCAAAUCACUACGUGAUGGACGACUGCUUUUGGGGGAAAAAACAAAAUGAUUGCAGAGAUAUAUGGAAUUGUAAUCUGCCGCCAAAACUCCCUUUUGAGAGGUUUCUGAAACACUGUGUGUAUCGUCCACAUCGACACGUGGCAGUCGUGUUUUUGUAGAUAGAAAAGAAACUGAUUUUUACAUGUUUAUAACAUUUUUGUUAUGUAUCGGAAAUGCACUGUUUCCCGUGUUGAAGUGGGAGUGUAUUUAAGUAUUCUCAUUAGAUGUCAAUAAGUGGCCAACAAAAAAUACUCUAUAUAUAGCCCUUAUUUGUCCAUUAUACAGAGAAUAUAUAUAUAUAAACUAUAGUAACUGCAGUGAUACAAUUUUUCCUGUACAUCAGUUCCUGAAUCAGUACCAAAUAACAUCUACAUACAUCUCAUUUGAAUAUAUU